UUUACCCACACCCAUACCACGCCCCUAAACUUCAUUUUGCUUCAAUGGCUACCAUUUCUGCCAGUAAAUAUGCACUCAAAAGAGCCGAGAAGGAGCUCAAUCAAACUAAAGUAGUCCUACGUCACUUGCCAGCCGAUUACACUGAGCAGGACCUCCUUGAGCUGAUCAACUCGGAGAGGCCCGGGUACACUUCGCCUCAAUACACUUCCUUUUACUUCGUCCCAGGAUCAGAAUCCAAUUCCUCCCUCCCCUCCUACUCUCGUGCUUAUUUCGAGAUACCAGUCUUUGACGAUAUCAAGAACCUAAGGGAUACCUUUGACGGGCUUCAAUUAGGGUCAAAAACCGACAGAGGUCCAAAAAGCCGAUUAAUAGUGGAAUUUGCUCCGUAUCAAGGAAGCCUACUGCAGCGCUGUAAGACGGACCCACGCUGUGAUACUAUAACAAAGGAUUCAGAAUAUGUCUCGUUCCUCGAGGAAUACGAAAAAGAGACAGCUCACUUGCCCAGUAUUGAUAUAUCGUAUCUCGAUACAGUAGAACAUGUUGCUGAAGUGCAACCGACGCCUCUCGUUGAUUUCAUAAAGGAGAGGAAGAUUGCCCGCAGAUCUGGAGGGAGUAGGAAUAAGGUUUUAUAUGCGACAGGUGGGGGCAAAAAGAAAAAGACAAGAGAGACGAGAGUGAUAGAAAUAAAAGAGAAGCCUUCUUCCUCGAGUAAGGACAAGCAAUGGAAGGAGAAGGGGUCCGGGGUCGAUAAAAAGAGUUCCAGUUACCAAGAUAAGGGUUCCGGUCAAGAGAGGAAGGGGUCUGGGUAUCAGGAUAAGGGGUCCGGUCAUGAAAAGAAAAGUAAAGACUUUGAUAGGGGAAAGACUAAUGGGGACCAAGCAAGUGGAGGAGAAGGGGGAGGCUCGAAUAGAAAGAAAGGAGAUGACUCGAAGAGCAAAGAGAGACCAGAUCAAGCCUUGUAUUCACCUCGAAGUAGAAGAAGUGGGAAUGAAGACAAGAGAUAUGAAAGAAGCAGUAAAGGAGAUGAUAAAAGAGGAGGAAGCAGUAGAAAUGAAGACAGCAGGAGAGGAGGAUAUUCUGAUGAUAGGAGGAGCAUGAGAAGCGAGGAGAGAAAGGGAGGGAGAAGUGAUGAAAGACGUGGCGGGGACGAAAGGAGAAGUGAUAGACAGUAUGAUAAAACAAGCAGCAGAUCAAGCUAUGAUAAGAGAAGUGGGAGUGGUUAUUAUAGAGAGGACUCAUCAAGGUCUCACUAUAAACAUGGUGGGAAGACAUCUUCUGGCUAUCAUGCGACGACUGAUAAUUAUUAUCAUUUUCAAGAUGAUGAUGAGCCUUCAUAUGAGGCCCAUCGUGGGAGUGGGAAGAAGAGAGAAGAGUACUCGGAGAGGGACGAUCGACGUUACUAUGGAAACAGGAGGAACUAUGAUGAUACCAAGAAAUAUAGACAGUAGCUUACGCAUACAAAAUAACAUUUUAAUUAUGUACAAAAAUAACACUCUAAUUAUUAACAGUAGUUAUAAUCACUACACAAUUAAUUACAGAACAUUUGGUAGCUAUUUAACUAA